AUGGAUUCUUAUACUUCUUCUCAGUUUGUGUCACAAGAGGGUUUCAAACUGUUUCAUUCCAUUGACAGAGAUUUGUACACCAUCUUGGUAAUUCACCUUUGCAGGGACCCACUGGAGUCCAUGCAGGUCAUGGCCCUCUGGCUCUGGUUGGAGAAAGUUGGGUUCAAGAAUGCUGUGAAAAAGAUCCUAUCUUUACCUUUCAUUUUGAUCAAUGAGCUUGCAGAUGAGGCAGUGACAUGCCUCAACAUAAUCAAUGGCACCCAUUUUCCUUUACCAUUUGAGGCCAAUGACAUUCCUCUCCUCCAAAGCUUCAUGGAAAAAGAAGUGUCCCUCCAAUUUUUCCAUGAAAAUCAGCAAGCUGCAGCUCAAGGUGUCACCAAAGCUGCCAACAUUGUGUGCCUCCCAGCAUUUGAUGACAUUAUGAAGCAAGCCAUUGAGAUAAAUUUGUCCCAAAACUCAGCAGAUCACAGCCAGCUACAAGCUUUGCCCCAAAUUCUGGUGCCACCAAACGAGAGGACCAUGUUUGUGACAUUCUCAAAAGGGUACCCAGUACAUGAGCAUGAAGUGAAGCAAUUUUUCACCGCAGCAUUUGGGGAUUGCGUUGAGUCUCUGCAGAUGCAAGAAGUGCAGCCUUUUGAACAAUCUCUGUUUGCUCGUGUGGUUUUCCACUCUGCAUCAACCAUUGAAGCCAUACUCAGUGGGGUGAGCAAGGCCAAAUUUACAAUCAAUGGAAAGCAUGUGUGGGUCAGAAGAUUUGUGCCAAAACGCGCAAGGUCAUUGCUUCCACAAAUGCCGUGGCAACCAAUUUCCCCUUUUGGGCCAUAG